CGAAUACAGAAAGCAAAGAGCGGCAAAUCUGCUGCUUCUCUGAGAUCUUCUCCGUUUGCGCCACCGCCACCUGCAAAGAGGAAUUCCGUCUCUCUCUCUCUCUCUAAGGAAAAGAAUACAAUGAAGGAGAGAGAAGAAGAGAAUUUCGUGACGCCGGGUGAUAUGCUGGGGAAAGCUCUAGAGUUGAAACCUGGCUACGGCGCUUACUUCUCGUCCCACGAUAAAGCCAUAUACGCCUCUCUCACUGGAUUCCGCUCUCUCACUCCUGCCCCUCCCGACUCCGACGACCCGAGGGCGACGGUGGAGGUGAAGGUUCACAAGGCACACGGUCCGGUGCUGGAGCCCGGAGUUGUCGUUACUGCAAGAGUGAUGGCUAAAAUGGCUUCCGCAGAUAUAGUAUGUAUAGGGCCCAAGUCCGUACGAGAAAAAUUCACGGGCAUCAUUAGAUCAUGCAUUUUAAACUUGGUGUAGGUGCAACAAUGGUUCCUAUAAGCUGGACAGAGAUGCAGUGCCCUCUAACAGGUCAAACUGAGCAUAGAAAAGUUGCGAAGAUCGACGUCGUCUGAAAAUAGGAUCCCAAAUU